AAAAGUUAUGAGCACGAGCUCUAGCAGUGGGCUCUCGAAUGAGCUAGAUCUACAUUUACUAUCAUCAACAUCUCUUACAACUAGACAUGUGUGCAGUAUUAUUUGUGACACUCUUGAUCUUAAACCAACAGUAUGUGAUAUAUCUUCUUUAAUGAAGAGAAUGAAAAAUCUUGGAAAAGAUUUGACAUUUGUUUGUAGACUUGCAUAUUGUUCUGUAGUCUGUAAAUUCCCUUUGAAUGAUGUUGAGCUCUCAUUAGAGCUUCUCCAUUUAAUAAUACCCAGCCAAUCAAAAGCUGAUUCAUAUAACUUAAUUGAAUGUACAUAUAAUUCUGCAUCAAGUAUAACUAGUCACAAUUUUGUUAAUACUAUGGUCCAAAAUUAUUUUGCUGCUCUCUACCUUACGUUUCAACCUCUAAUGCAUGUAUUCACAUUUACGAGCACUCUGCAAUCACUUGAUCAAUCUCAAUGGAAAGUUUUGGAGUUUUAUUUUGGUCUUGUGGGCUCUGGAUUGUUGUCUGUGGCAAAAGACAAUCUAUUUUAUAUACUUAGUUAUAUUAGCCAGAGCUUCAACUGUAAUUUUCCUUUUGUUGAUAACCACUUGGUUUUAUUGAUGUUGAGAUGUCUUCAUGAAGCUGAGGAUGAUUCCUUAUCUCUUCAGGCACAUUAUGAAAUUUUGAAGUCACAAACUUUUUCCUAUAAUAUCAAUGAAAUACAUGAUAGUCUUCCUGCCAUUGCAUAUUAUUUAACCAGUCAUAAUGAAGCCGCCUGGAAAAUAUAUUGUACACAUGGAAAUAAAGGAGUCGAUCAACUGACGAGACUGAUAAAAGCAUUUGAGAGGGACAAGCACAGGAAAAAAGGAUGUGUUGUAGUUGAAGACAAAGAACAGUUAACUACUGAUCCUAACAGAAUUAUUAUCACGCUCCGUAGCAAGGAAUAUGUUAAAACUGAGGUCAAUGUCAUUGGAAAAGAUAAAGAAGAAGAAAUGAGUUUAGAAAAAUCAGCAACUGUUGUUGGUUCUACUACACUGCAACAAUCAAAUAUUAAGGCAUUUGAUCCUUUGUAUAUUCCACUACUUUCAUAUGGCCACCUAUCAACAGACCAAUACAUAAAAAGGAAGAAAAUAAAAGUUACAAUAUUUUUCAAUUUGUUGAAGGAUUUACUGCUAUCUCACCUCCAAGUGUAUUCUUCUGAGCUUAUUAAGUCUCAAUACAGAAAAGAUGAUCAUAACUGGUUUCUGCUUCCUCUUAAUAUGAGGCAUGACUUUUAUGAAGCAGUUUUAAUAAAUCCUAUAAUUCCUUUACAUUGGGCUAAAGUGCAACAGCCAAAUGGGUCUAUGGAACUAGAAGAUAAGUAUAGGUCUCUCUCUAGUCAACGUUAUCAGUCACCAACUGCUGUCAGUGCUCAAAAUGCUGCAGCUGAAUUAGUAAUAUUGAACUCAUCUCAAGUCCUGCGGUUAUUAAUAACUCCUCCCACAGGAGAAGACCCAGCAUUGAUACCUCUGUAUAUUAAUUCAGAUGACUGCUCAGAACUUGGCAUUAUUGGCUGUGACUUUUUAUUAGAGGAACAUUUUGUAUCACAAGAGAUUCGUUGGAAACCGACAAAACCUUUUCAAAUUAAUAAAGAUGAACAGGUUGUACGUGAGUUACCUCUACCUUCCAAUAGGGAUUCAGAACCUAAAGAGACGAGUGCCGCUGUUUCAUCUAAAAAAGAGCUUCCUUUUAUUUUAAAAGAUAAUGAAAAUCUGACUCCCAUGUCAAAAGCAGAAUACACCUCACAACAUGUCUCAAGUGAGAAAAUAAAGCAUCACACUUUAGCUGGGCAUGAUACUCCAGGAUAUUGUAUAUAUAGUGAAGGUAAAAGUUUCAUCAUGGGUGAAGUAUAUACAGUACCAACUGAACUGCCACACACUCGUGUAAUAAGAGAAGGAGGCAAUGGACUAAUACUUGAGGUGACAUUUGAAGGGGCUACUUAUGCUGUUAAAAAAACAGCAUUGAGAUGGAGAGAGAUUCUCAUUAUGCCUAAACUACAUCAUCCUAACGUAUUAAAUCUAAUUUCUAUGAUGAUUGGAUAUCCUAUUGAUUUGUUUCCAAGACAACGACAUGUUUUUCACUUUUAUUCAAGAAUGACAAAUGACCUUGGUAGAAGUGUUGGCUCAUAUGAGAGAUUCUGCCUAAGAAGCUUGAAUGAGAGAUACAAGAAUGAGCCUUUACUACUUAAAAAAAUUGACAACAAUUUCAAACAUCUCUUUAGUUCAAUACUUAAAGCACUUGAUUAUUUACAUACUCUACCAAAUCCAGUUAUUCAUAGAGAUGUAAAGCCAUCUAAUGUUCUCAUUAAAAUGUCCUGUGGCUGUCAGAAUCCACUCAUUUGUGUUUGCGUUACAAAGCCUCAAAUUAUGUUGUCUGAUUUUGAUGCUUCACUUGAACUCAAUUCUGAUAAUUCCAUGAAACCUGAUCCACCAAAAAACUCAUUGAGAGAUUUCCACCUUUCAGCUGAUAGAACGUAUCAUGUUUCACCAGUUGGUACUAUUGGAUUUAAAUCUCCAGAAGGAUUUAUGUACAUGAUAACCAAUGAUGCAUCACUACUUGGAGAUAUGACAACAAAAACUGAUAUUUUUAGUUUUGGUAUGUUGGUUUGUUUGGUUUUAUUAAAUGAAGAAGGACCAAAGUUCCUCAAUCAAAUUGGGACACUUUUACUAUCAGCUCAACAAUCAAAGCACAUUGCCGUAAAUCAACUUGAUGAAAUGAAAAGAAAGAUAUUGCAGAAAAAUGGAGUAAUGUACUUCAGGGAAAGAGAGCCACGAGUAACUGAUAAAGACAUAUUUAAAAUACUACCUAUUGUUCGUCUGAAACAGUUUUUUUCAGAAGUAAAUCCAAAUCUUGUAAAUUUUGUUGAGAUGACGCUAGCAGUUGAACCAAAAGACAGAGCAAGUGCUAAUGCACUUUUACACCAUUUGUACAUUAUUAGUACUACUGCUUCUGGUGUGGGCAAAAGUAUAUUAUAGGUUUUACUGAUGAGAAAAAUAUGAAUCAAUUGUGAAACGUGAGCAAUAAACCUAAUGCUAAUUAGGUGCAUAUGAUAAAAGGAAGUUACGCUCAAGAGGCACUGGGACAUAAUAUGUUAUACAAGUGUAUAAUGGCUUCCUACUAAUGCUAAUAAGCAUCAUUCAUAAUGCUAGAAGGAAAAGUGAGUAAAGUGGUAAUCACAGCCAUGUAUGCAUGUAAAUUUUGUGUAGCAAUUAUAAAAUAAGUUAUGUUAGUAUUCCUUUAGGCUAGUUCCAGUGAAAUUGUUUGUACAAGAAUUAAACCACUGGUGAAGAACAAAAUUUAGCAUCAUAUUUUUGUUAUUGUUUAAAAAAUUUAAAACAAUUUCUUCUAUUGAAAGUUGUAA